AUGCGUUUCACUUCUCUUCCCGUUCAGGCUUUGAUGCUGGCUGCAUCUGCCAUGGCUGUUGACCCUGCUGCCAUCUACAAUGGAGGCUUCAACUCCUCCUCUUCCACCGUCCAGCUCCGUAUCGGUAACGGCGGUGCCGGCCAGAGCGGUUUGAUCGGAGUCCUCGCCGACGCUUUCAUCAAAGCCAGCGUCAAGAACGGCACCUCCCCCUUCAAGGUCGCCUGGUAUACCAGCGACACCACCGAGUCCAUCAACUACCUCAAGUCCGACACCGUCGACGUCGGCAUCACCUACACCCCCGCCGCAGAGCAGAUCGCCAUCAGCGAGGGCAUCGCCAAGGCACCCGCCUGGUACGCCUGGCGCGACCACUUCCUCCUCGUCGGGCCCCACGCCAACCCGGCCAAUCUCUCCAAAAGUAGCGAUAUCAAGAAGAUGUUCUCGGAUAUCUACGCCGCCGCUGAGGGGGAAGAUACCGAGCCUCCUACGCGCUUCUUGACUCGCUAUGACAAGUCCGCUACCAACAUCAAGGACUCCCAGCUGUGGAUUGAUAUCGGACAGGUCCCAUGGGCAACCGCCUACUCCAAAUGGUACCACCAAUACAUCGCCUACCCAAUCCAAGCCCUCACCGCCGCCAUCCAGCUGGAAGAAUACACCAUCACCGACCGCGGCACUUACCUCUCCAUCUCCACCGACCUCCAAAACCAAACCACCAUCUACAAGGCCGCCACGGACGACGCUGCUGACCCCCUCCUUAACCCCGCCCACAUGCUUGUCGGCAAGAACGCGAAGAACCUCAAGACCGCGGACGCGUUCGCACAGUGGGUUAUUAGUGCUGAGGGCCAGCGUACUAUUACUGGCUUUAAGAAGAAUGGGCAGCAGUUGUACACUGGUGCGCCGGCUAAUAAGACUGCUGAGUUUUAG